AGGCAAACAUUAGUUGUGUUGAGUUGUAUAGAGUGUACAGCAAAUAGUGAGUCGUUGUUAUCGCAGUUGUGGUCAUAAUAAUGAGCGAAUCGUCGGGCAGUCGAGUGUCGGCCACUGUUGUGACCGCAGGAAAGGGCGACCGAAAGCGGACGGAACGCGUGUUCGACGCGACCAAAGCCCAGUCCGACCCCAAACAGGGCGGCGGAGGAGGCGAUGGCGGCCUCUCAUCGCUGUCCUCAUUGAAGCGGUUGUGCGGAUCACUGGAGACAUCACUCAACCAAUACUUGACACAAAUCAUUGACGACGAGAACGAGCCGAACGCCGAAGUGGUGUCGGCCCUCAUCGCCGGCGACGCCCCCUCUCUGGCCAGUCAUCAGAGUGUGUAUGAGUCGACCGCACCUGCGGUCGGUGUCGACACCAUUGCCUCCACAGCACAACAGCACAGGAGCCACAAGACUCAGGCCUCGGUCUCGGCCGCCGAUGCCUACGACUACGGGUCGGCGCCGUCCGGACGCCGGGCGCCCAGCGAUGGCCCGAAGCAGAAGCGCUGCAAAAACAAAUAACACCUCCUUUUGGACGCCUUAUUAGCCGUUGUUUUGAAUUAAAUUUGGCGCCAAAUCUAUGAGUUAAUCAACAUUUGACUGCAAAACACAACAACUAUUAUCUCUCUUAUGAUUUGAAGUGAUUGUGUGUUAUUGUAAUCACUCGACGACUGACUGACUAUUACUUCUUCUACUACUUCUUAGCACUCAUUUUGUUCAUUACAUUUCAAUUGUAUAACAAAUAUAUUAAUAAUUAUUUUUUUAAUUGUAUUUCAAUUUGAGAUAAAACGCGAGUAAAUUGUUAGCAAAAAACAAAACCAUAUUAUUAUAUAUUAUAAUAAUAAUCGCAUAAUUGGUAUAAAAAUCAUGUCAAACAAUAAUAGUUGUGAUAAUCGAUUGGAGAGAAUCAAAGAGAGGGUCCAGUCUUACCAAGACUUCCCCAAAGCGGGCAUUUUGUUUCGCGAUUUUUUGCCAGUACUGAGAGAUCCGCAAGUGUUCAGCGAAUUGAUUGAAAUAAUGGCCGAACGAAUUGAGGCCAUUGAACCCAAACCCGAGGCCAUUAUAGGACUGGAAUCGCGUGGAUUUCUUUUGGGUACACCACUGGCCCUUCGCCUUAAGCUACCCUUCAUUCCUGUCCGAAAACCGGGCAAAUUGGCCGGUAAUGUGAAGAAAGUGACGUAUUCUCUGGAGUACGGAACCGAUUCACUUGAAAUACAAACACAAUCCAUCACUACUGGCCUCAAGUGUGUCAUUGUGGACGACUUGAUCGCGACGGGAGGUUCGCUCAAAGCUAGCGUCGAUUUGGUCAACGCAUGCGGCGGUCAAGUGGUCCUCAAUUUGGUUGUCAUGGAAUUGGUUGCCCUCAACGGCCGAACACACAUUCCCUCACCGUUUCAGUCACUUCUUCAAUACUGAUAACCAAUUGUUCGUUAAUUACAAUAUAUUUUUCUAAAUGAUUUUUACCAUAAACU